AUUAUCAUCACAUUACAAACAAGAUUAGUUAAUUAUCGCUGUUUGUGAUUAUUCAAAAGACUGGUAGUUUUCAUCUCUGGAAUAUUUGUAACUUCAAUGUUUCAUUUUGUUAAUUCAUUGAGUAAAUCGAAAUGAUUUCACUCUUAUUAAAUUUGUUUACUUUUACAUUUCUCUCAAACUUUUAUAUACUCCAAAUAUCUACUGAAUCUCUUCACGAUUUUCCUUGGUCAGUGGAUAAAGGAAAUUGGAUAAUAACUGCAAAGUUAAUCUCGUCUAGUGAUCAAGUUUACGAUAUUCGAGAGUACGUUCACUCAAGUGAAGUUGUUCGCGGUAAAAUUACAAUAUCAUCAGGAGAUGAUAAGUUGGAUAUUUUUUAUUCCAGUGAAUUCGAAAACGAUAGAUUAGUUAUUCAGAACCAACAAUGUACUAAAUUUACUUUCAAAAAUCAAUGGGACAACUUUCUUUUUAACAUCGAUUCGAAAAAGCCUCUUCUUAAUCAUGUACUGUUGACGGGACCUUCGAUUCUGUUCAGGAUCAAUGGAAAGAGUUUUAAUUGGAGAAAAGGAGGAGAUACAAAUAUAAGAGGAUUUCCAGUCCAUUCUGCAAAGACAACGUUCAAUAGAAAUCUUGAUAUUAUUUAUUAUUACAAAACUCAUUUAGAUUCUCCUGGAAUUUUACAAGCGAGUCGAUUACAGUUCGUGGGUAUGGAUUCAUCUCUUCAGCUCGUAACUUUCAGAGAAAAUGUUAACUUGGAUAUUUAUUCAAUUACUAAAACACAGGAAGAGCUUGAUAAGUUUGUCACGGUUACACCAGGAAUCGGUUGUCCUUUGCACUUCAUAACAUCAAAAUCUUAUGAUUGGUUCAUGGAACCAGAAAUGUCAAAAUCGAGCUAUCAUUUCACUGCUAAAACUACUGUUGAUGGACCCAGAAAAUCGAUAACCUUAAGUGAGAUGUUCGUUAACAGUGAAGAUCUAACCACAAGUUUGAAGACAAUAGAACAAGGGAUUAUAACGGAAUCUCUAUACGAUUAUAAUUUGGGAACUGUACAUGUAUCACUGAGAGAAGGUCGUUGUUUGAACUCUGCUGUUGGUCCGAAUAGUCCGGGAAUAAGUUCUUACGGAACAUUCACCUCAUAUGGUUUCCUCAACUAUGAAGACGCAUAUAAAUACUCAUAUCUUGGUAAAGUUUUCAUUAGAUCAGGAUACGAAACUUAUGUUUGGGAAAGAGUUGAUUACGAUUAUGAAUUCGAGGGAGUUAAAUAUGACAAAUUCGUUACCAGCCAUUACUUCAUUUCGUCAUACGAUGCCAAAUUAUUCAAAGGUUUUAUUCUCGCGAGAACUACAACAAACAAUUAUAAAAAAGUAAACAACGAAACUUAUACAUUUAUCCAAGAGAAAAUAAAAGAUUAUUAUGGAUUAGAAGAGGCAGAAUCGGGUCGAGAUUAUGAAGCUGAAUUAUCUCUACGAUUUAGUGAUUGUUACCCUGAUUCAAAUGAUAGAAAGACUUUGGCAAUUUACUUCAGUUGUGACAAAGACGAAGAAGAUUUUAACUGUAUAAAGUAUGCAGAAAGUCAUUAUAACGGAUUUGCCAACAAACUCAAGACCAGUUUGGUGAGACAGAACAUUUCUCCUGGAAGAAUAGCUGAUAUCGAACUCGUUUUCGAAAAUACAAAUAUCAUAGCAUUGGUAACCUUUUUGAAAAUUCCCAAUAUUGAAGAUAGUUUACAUAAGGAGAGAAUGAAAUUGUCUCAGAAGACGAUUUCAAGGUUAUCAGAAAUUUAUGCAGAAUCAGUUGGAGAUUGUCUUUACAAACAAGCUGGAUUCUAUAUGGACCAAGAGGUAAUUGUAGUUUGCAAUCCUCAAGACAAAACUUCAAGCAUUUGUAGUCGGCUAUCUAAAAAGCGCCUUGUCAAUAGUGAUGAUGGAACAACUUGCGAUAUAUAUUAUCCAAUCAAUAGUUAUUCGCAAUUCAAACAUGAAAUUCAUCUUGACAAGCUGGAAGAUCAUAUUCGUAGCAACACUCUACCACUCUAUUUGCUCGAAGAUUUCAUUGUUUAUUUUGUAUUUACGAAAGUCAUUGACGUAACUUAUGAGUUAGAUAAAAAUAGAGACUCUUUCGUAUUGGUGGCGACUGGCAAGAAACUGAUUGAUUCUAAUGGUGAUGUUAUACUAGCCAAAGAUGUUUCCAAUCUUGGGGAUUGUUAUCGUACUUGUGCUCAUGAUAAUGUCAAUCUUUGUGAGACUUUCGUUUAUUGUCAAUAUUCAGAUAAACCAUCUUGUCAUACAUCAAACAUUAUCCAUGCUAAUUUAUCCUCGCGAACGACAGAAGAUGAAUCUUGUAAAAUUUACUCAAAGAACCGACUAUUAGAUUACAUUAAGAUAUCUUCAAGAGAGUUUAAAAAAUCGCUUAGCAUUGCUAUUGAUGUUCCACUCGAUGAUUGUGCUUCAAUGUGUAGUUCCUCUGAUGAGUGUUUCUCAUUCCAACAAUGUGAUGGUUCUUGUACUUUGAGUGGAUAUUAUACUGAUUCGAUGUCACAGGAAAGUAGCAAUUGCGACAUUUAUAUUCCGAAAGUUUCAGAACUAUUUAAAUCCACUGGCCGGCAAAUCGUCUCUCAAGUUUUUCACACUGAGAUUAAUUUAAAUUUGGAUCAAUGUGCUGCUCUUUGUGCUAGUUGGACAAAUGCUGGUGAAUUUUGUGUAUCGUUCAACUAUUGUCCUCAAAACGAUGGGAAAAGUUCAUGUAGUUUAUCUGGAUAUACAAUUAACGAUAAAUCAGCAAAUCCGAUUGAUUCAGGAGUUUGUAAAAAUUAUGAAUACAAAAAUCAACAAUUAAGUGGAAGAAAUAGUUUUAAAAGUGAUCAACUUACCAUUGGAGGAACAAGCGGAGGAGCUACUUUUGGUAUAAUCAUAUUGUUCAUUGCCGUUGGACUUUUGCUUGGAUUUAUAUUCCCAAUGCUUAUCAAUGGAAAACUUAAAGAAACCUGCACUCGAAAGUUUAAUUCAAUGUCUUCGUCGGAACGAGAAACCAGUUCGUUCGAAUGGACAAGACAAAUGGAUCAAACUGAAAACAUUUAGUCAACUUGAAAAUAGUACAUUUAAAUGAAAAAAUUUCUUCCGACCAUUAAAAAAGUCUUAAGUUUAUUUAACAAA